UGAGAGUGAGAGUGAGACGGGUGAGGAGGUGGUUGUGGUUCGCUGCUCGUGGCCGACCCGGGGUUCGUAUCCAAGGCGUGUACUGUGAACUCCCCGCAGGGGAAUUGAAACUUUCACUGCAGUAGUGGACGCAGUUGAUGUGUUUGUGUGUGUGUGUGGCUCUCUGGGGGUGUAUCUUCCCCUUACUGAUUCUUCCAGUUUACACGUUACAAACUACCGGAGAGCGAGAGCCUUUUACCGUGCAAUUAUGCAAUAAACAGAAUCAAAUUCCUUCAAAAAGUGACAAUAAUAAUUGUAAAGUGUUAAUUGUUGCUUCAGAUGAUAAUUGUGUUGAAAAAUAUGCUAAAGACUUACAUUGAUAUAGACUGAAAACGUGUGAAAUAAUUUAUAAAUAGAUUUCCUUUCAAUAAAUAUGUUUCUGACUGUUAAAAAAUGAUUAUAAUUGGUUUAUGUCAAGUAAUUUAGUCAAUAUAUUGUGGAUAUAGUUGAAGCUUUGGUCUCAAUGGCCCUCGGAAGACACAUUCAGGAACCAUGAAGGAGUUACAUGAGAGGAAACCUACACUAAUUAGGACAAUCUACCUGCUGCUUCUAUUGCUACUUAACUCCUACCCCAGCAAAGGAUCUGGUGAUGGGUUCCAGCGGUUCUUGGUGACUCCAGAGAGUGUAGAGGUGAUGGAAGGAGCUGAUGUGUUCCUCCACUGCAUUGUGGAGAACCAGCAAGGCAAAGCUCAGUGGACUAAAGAUGGUUUUGCUCUAGGGUUUGAGCGCCAGGUACCUGGGUAUCCUCGCUACAGCUACUCAGGUGACCCGGCACUAGGACAACAUCACCUGGUGAUCAGUGGUAUCACCAUCACUGAGGACGGAGAGUACCAGUGUCAAGUUGGUCCCACCCAGACCAACCCGCCCAUCUGGGCGGCUGCCAAUGUUACUGUGCUGGUGGCUCCUACAGGCAUCACCAUCCUUGGCUGGAAGGACGGGGCUGUAGUGGAGAUUCGAUCCGGUGCCUCGGUCACUCUCGAAUGCCUGGUGACUGAUUCACGACCCGUGGCCUCCAUAAUGUGGCAUAAAGAUGGUCACCUUCUUGACCCAGGGCUGGUGGAGGAGAGGGUGGAGGCGUCGUCUCUGGUGCGUCGUUGGAGCGUCAGGAGCCGGAUAGCGUUGACGGCGUCGCCAGAGGACGACGGCAAGUUGUUUACUUGUGAGGCAGACCAUCCGGCUCUGAGGGGGAGCUCCGACCCCUUGCUGGCCUCCAUCACCCUCUCCGUCCUCCACCAACCUGGACCUCCCACCAUCAGCGGCUACAAGACAGGAGAAGUCCUCGUAGCAGGAGAGAGAAGGACCCUAGUGUGCCGGGUGUCAGGGGGCAACCCGCGCCCCUGGGUCACGUGGCACCGUCAGGGACUUCUGCUGGAUGACACAACCACCUCAGACGCCGCAGGGGUCAUCAACACCCACCAACUGACAGCCACCGCUGCUGACGACGGCGCCAUCUAUGAGUGUAGAGUCAACAGUGACCUCCUUCAGGAGCCUAUGGUGGCCAAUGUCUCUCUCACUGUGUACUAUGCGCCCUCGUCAGUCAGUGUAUCAGGACCAGCCCAGAUACAGGAAGAUGUUGCUGUAUCUCUUACUUGUGAGACCAGUGAGUCGAAUCCUCCUGCAUCUCUCACGUGGCUAAUUGAUGGAGAGGAGAUCGGCUCAUCGAGAGAAAUUAUGAGUCGUGUGAGUACAGGAGGCUGGGCUACGUCCUCGGAAUUAACUCAUUUUGUUAGGAGGUCGGCCGAGACCGGCCAGAUAACAGUCGAGUGCCGAGCGGUCAAUCCGGCUAUCGAGCAACACGUCUCCAAGACUAUCACUAUGGCUAUCACAAAACCUGCCAGUCCCCCCGUGUUUGAAGGCAGUCCACACAAGGAAGUUGUGUCUGGAAGUGUGGUUGAUCUGAGCUGCAGUACUCGUGGAGGUCAGCCACCACCAACCGUCAGGAUCUACAAGGAGAAUGCAGUCAUCCCCAGCCAGACCAUUCAGGAUCUGAACGUGACACGAGCCGUAGCCGUUGUUGAGGUCACACCUGUGGAUAAUGGAGCAAAGGUCACCUGUGAGGUCACUAAUCCAGCGAGUGUUAUGCCUCUAACUACCUCGUUCAGACUCGCUGUCCGCUUUGCUCCGUGGGAGGUGUCAGGCUCCGUCACCCCCACCACAGUAGAGGAAGGAGCCAUAGUGAGGCUCUCCUGUGAGUCCUCCUCCAGCCUCCCGCCCUCCAACAUCACCUGGAGAUCUGAGGAGAUCACCCUAGACGGUGCUACCAUUACCAACACCCAGGGGGCCUUCGGAGGCACCAGCACCAGAUCUGAGUUGCAACGGAGGACAACGGCUCAGGACAACGGGAAGAUGUUCGUAUGUGAGGCUAGCAACGGUCUAGGCGUUCCUGUUCACACGACACUCACUAUCCGUGUUCUACACCCUCCUGUGUGGUUGUCGCGGCCGCCGCCAGAGGUCGACGUGUACGAGGGCGCUGACCUGAUAGUGUCUGCCUCAGCUGCUGCCAACCCCGGACCUCUAAGGUACUGGUGGCGACGGGGACAGGAGACGCUACAGGUAAGCACGGCGUCGGAGCUACACCUGGCCAAGGUGAUGAGAGAGCAAGGUGGGAACUACUCAGUCACCUCGAGUUCGGACGCCGGCGCUAUCAACGCUUCCUUUGUCCUCAAUGUUCAAUACGGACCGGAAAAGGUGGAAUCGAGUGAUCGCGUGAGUGUGGAAGAGGAUGGAAGGGUGAGCAUCCAGUGUUCUGCCAGUGGUAACCCUGUUCCACAUCUCACGUGGACUAGAGAACCAAGCAACACCCACAACAGUUCUGGGGCGCCCCUGGCCUCGGGCGUGGGCGUGGCGAGGCUGGUGAUGGAGUCAGCGAGACGGGCGGACACGGGCGUGUAUCUGUGUCACGCCCGUAACGUCGUGGGAUCAGCGCCCCCUACCAGGACUUACGUGGUGGUGGCCCAUGGAGUAGCAGCUGCAGAGGACUUGGACGAGGGCGGGGGUUUGUGGGCGGCUGUGGGCGGGAUUGGGCGGCUGGUGUGUAACGUUAGAGCCGCCCCUCCGCCCACAUUCGUCUGGAGCAGCCAGAGUGGACUCAUCCUCCUGAAUAGUGACAAAUUCACCAUCCACGAGUCUCAGCUUUUGGACGGAUUGGAACUCUGGUCAUCAGUUCUGGAAGUGAAGGGAGUAGCUCAAGAGGACUACACAAUAUAUAGAUGCACAGCUCACAAUCCCCUGGGCGCCCACACCCUCCUUCUCAGCCUUAAGCCGCCCGCACGCCCACAGCCGCCCACAAAUUUCUCCGUAAACAGGGUGACAGACAGAGAAGUGUGGCUAACCUGGACCCCCAUCCUAGACAGGGGCGCCCCCAGUGGCUACACCCUAAGGUACAGGUCUGCUAUCUCCUUGGUAUACCAGUACGUGGAGGUGUCUGGAGGAGGGACGACGACGGCCAGGGUGACGGGACUGGCACCAGCUACGGAGUACACAGCCGCCAUUCAGGCCACCAACGACCACGGCCGAUCCCACUUCGUGUCACUCUCCUUCUUCACUUUGCUUGGUAACAGCGAGGCGCCAAGCACUACCAGGCAGGGAACAGCCGGAGCUACCAGCUGGCAGCCGGAUCGAGGCAUAGUGGCUCCGGAUCCGGAUGGAGUCUCACCGGACGACUCUCCGGAAGACGUUUUGGACGAUCCGAAGGACCAGGACGGUGGAUCCAGGACGCCUCGUCUUAUCCUCCUUAUCAUGACCCUUACAGGAGCGGCUCUCUUAGCCCUCAACAUCUCAAUCAUCGCUUGUUUCGUUAGACGUCGCGCCAUCAACAGGAAUCCCUCAAUGACGUCUUCAAAGAGUUCUGCCUUGGGAUCCAUCGGUGCCACUCCAGUGCCAACCCCGGCACUCAACUCAAGCCACUCUCUCCCUCUCUCAUCCAUGUCCUCAAACAGCUUCACCAAUCCGGCACCAAGUUAUAAGGCAGAGCAGCAAACAAUGCUAGAAGAGAGUGAGUUAAAAACUCUGGCCCCAGGAGACAUUGCCAUCAGCGCAAACACACAUAUUUUACCCUGUCACAAUGGAGGCAUCAUCACAACAAAGAGUACUUUCUUAGUCCUUAACAACACGGCCCCGAAGACGACGGUAGCUGUGUCUCCCGGACCGUCGCAGCCGUGGACCCGAAGGGACUCAUCUUCAAGCAGAAGCGCCUCUCCGGAGGAAGAGCCAUCGAUCUCCCACAGGCAGCACGAUUUGGUCAAUUUCACAACGGAGCCAGACGUCUGUUCAGUGGCCUCCAGUUUCUACGACAACGCUUUGCAAGAGGACCACCGUCGGAGAAGUUUGGACCUCUACCCGGCCGACGACACGUUCUCUCUGUGUUCCAACCGCAGCAACAACUCUCGAAUCUAUUCCCAGGGAUUCCUCCGUCCACUAUCCUCUCUAGGGGUUCUACAGCAGCAGGCGGCGCCGCAGUUGAUUCAAGAUACCUUCCAUGCGCACCCACGCCUCUCACCAGGGCAACAGCGACUGAUGCAGCAAAACGCGUCUGAUUAUUCAAGUCUAAAUCCAUCCGGACUUUACGACCUCAGAGCAGAAAAUAAUCCGGACUCCAAGCGCAGUUUGAUAUCCUUCACAGCAGGAUGUUCGACUAACACCCCACCAGGCUACUCCACACUUGGGCCGCGGCAACGUCGAACGAAGCCCCCUCAAUUUACAAUCCACCAGCGGCGUCCCUGUGCCGGUCCUGCCCUUGACCCUCUAUCCACUCCUAGCCACUACGACAAUUUCGACCUGGUGUCCCGCCUCCAUCAGGAGAACCUCCAGUACGACUCGGGUACCUUCGGCCCGCACGCGCACCAUCAACACGAGAACAGCGGAUCCUCCGGAUACAGCAGCAGCCCCCAUCAGGAGGCGCGAAGGACUCUAAGUAGUCACUCGAGAUAUCCUGCUGGGGAGACUACCGAUAUUGAGUGCGUCUUGGAGGUGCCUGAAGCCUCCUCCACUGGGAAUAUAGCGGGUGAAGACUCUCCUGAUAGCAGUUCACCUUCGACGUCGCGGGGAAGUUCAGAUAAAGCUCCCGCGCUUGACCGCGACGGAAGGGUUGACCAACAGGCGAGAGUCACCUCACAAACUCACACGCACAAUAAAAACAGAGAGAGAUAAAACUAUUUCUGUGAGUUGAGAAUCUACCACAAACACAGCUGGUUUGGCAGCUAUUUUUGUAUACAGGAAAAAAUGAAAAGUGCUUAAAAAGGCCACUUUUUGAUACUUAUAUAAUGCUAGGGGGGCAAAGCUUUUCACCGGAAUGGAAGUUUCUUGCUAAGAAUAGAUAGAAUAUACUAAAUAUAUUUACACGAAUUAAAAAAUUCCUAACUGUGAUAUAUAUUAUGAAUAUAAUCCUCUUGUUUUUACUGUAUUAUUGCAAGGUUGCAAAGGAUUUUUCUUGCAACAUUUGCAAUUGACUGUAUCAUUGUUUCCUCUGACAGAUAGUUACCUAUUAACUCACAAGUUAUAUAUCCUAUAUUUUUAAUGACACACGUACACAUUUGUACCAGAAUAUGUAGUUCACAUAUAUUUUUUCGUGACAGUAGAGAGGGAAAAAGAUUUUUUCAAUAUCCAAAGUCAUAUGAUCUUAAGAUAUAUUAAAAAACAAAGGGAGAAAUAUUUUAUUUAUUUUACUUUAUAAGUUAAAGGGAAAGGACAUGGCUGUAUGGGAAUACAAUCAGAAUACAUUCCGUUGCAAUUAUACAAAAUUAAACUACAAGAUCACUGGGAGAAACAAUACCACAGAAACCAUGUUAGCUAAAUUUCCCUUGCAAUAUAUUAUUGCUAGUUCUCCCGAGUGCCAUAAGUUCUCUUCACCGAGGCGAAGGGUCACCACUAAUACAACCACAGGUAGUACCUUAUAUAUAUAUAUAUAUAUAUA